AUGCAAACGGCGGAGGCGGCGGGGGGGGCCCUGCGAGUUUCCACACCCCCCCGCCGCCUCCGCCGUUUGCCUCGGGAGCCAAACGGAGACGCACACCCCCGGAGCGCCCAGCGCCGCGCCCGCGGGGCACGAACGGAUGGCGGCGCCGGAACUGGCGGGCGCCGACGAGGGGAAGCUGCGAGCGCGCCGCCGCUGCCGGGGCUGCUCGUUCUUAUCCUGCUGCUCCUCCCGGUGACGCGGCGGGGAGCGGCCGCGACGCCCGCCUGGGACCCGGCCGGUUACCUGCUCUACUGCCCCUGCAUGGGUCGCUUCGGGAACCAGGCCGAGCACUUUUUGGGAGCCCUGGCCUUCGCCCGCGCCCUCAACCGGACCCUGGCCGUGCCGCCUUGGAUCGAGUACCGGCACCACCGCCCGCCCUACACCAACCUGCAUGUCCCCUACUCGGAGCACUUCAGGCUGGAGCCGCUCCAGCGGUACCACCGCGUCCUCAGCCUGGAGCAGUUCAUGGAGCACCUGGCCCCCCUGCACUGGCCGCCCGGACGGCGGGUGGCUUAUUGCUUCGAGGCGGCGGCGCAGAGGAGCGCGGACAAAAGCACUUGUCCCAUGAAGGAUGGAAACCCGUUCGGUCCGUUCUGGGAUCAGUUCCAAGUGGAUUUUGAUAAGUCUGAGCUCUUCAAGGGAAUUUCCUUCAGUCCUGCUUACAAGGACCAUUGGAUCCAAAGGUUUCCACCCUCUGAGCACCCUGUCCUUGCCUUACCUGGAGCUCCAGCCCAGUUCCCUGUCUUGGAGGAGCACCGGCCCCUCCAGAAGUACAUGGAGUGGUCUGAUGGAAUGGUGAAGAAGGGAGAAGCCUAUAUCCAGUCUCUGCUGGUCCGGCCCUACGUUGGGAUUCACCUGAGGAUCGGUUCGGACUGGAAAAACGCCUGCAACAUGUUGAAGGACGGGACGGCCGGGCCUCACUUCAUGGCUUCACCCCAGUGUGUGGGCUACGACCGGAGCGCUGCGGUGCCUCUCACCAUGGACAUGUGCCUGCCAGACCUCAGGGAGAUCAAGCGUGCUCUCAAGGUCUGGGUGACAAAGACUGAAGCUAAAUCCAUUUAUAUCGCUACUGAUUCCGAGCCCUACACAACGGAAAUACAGCAGUUCUUCCAAGGAAAGCUCAAGGUUGUCAGCUUGCAGCCAGAAGUGCCUCAGGUUGAUCUGUACAUCCUUGGCCAGUCCGAUCACUUCAUCGGGAACUGCGUCUCUUCCUUCACCGCCUUUGUGAAAAGAGAGCGCGACAUCCACGGGAAACCCUCCUCGUUUUUUGGCAUGGACCACCCCCCCAGGUUACGGGAUGAGUUCUGAGCAAAGGAGGAACAGGCUCUGUGGUUCUCAGGGCUGUGAGCUCAGCCCUUGGUGCUGCAGGUUCCCCCGUGUGCAGUCACUUGCUGGGCUGCCCACACCUGCUCCUGCCCUCUGACGCUCCUCACGGUCAUUUCUAGACUGUUCUCUCUGUCAUCUCCUGUAUUUCCAACGUGAGGUCAGAUAGAAUUUUUAAAUCCUAUAGUUUAUAGGGAACUGUAAACUACAUAUAGUUUUUUAAGAUGUAGUUUUUUAUAGCUCUCCAUUCUCACUCUUUGGGGCUCACCAGCGAUCAUGAUGAAGCAGCUGCUCAGAUUUCCUCUUCUUUUUUUUAACGUUAAUUCUUAACUCUUACCUAGAGAUGUUUUGAAGCUUCUUGCUCAAAGCUGACCAUAAUUGGUUCUUUUAAUUGCAAAAGUAUUGUCAGGCAUAUCAGGAUCCCUGGAAAGGGUGUGCAAGGUGAAGCUUGGAGCUGAAAAAGCUCUAAGUUUAUUGAGGGCAGCUGUUGCCUUACCAGAUGCCUGUCGCUUUAGUGCCUCAGUGUCCCUCUCCCUGUCCAAAGAGAUUCCAUUCCCAGUGCUGGGGGGCCCUGGAUCCCUUCAGCAGUGCUGGAGGAGCAGAGUGGGGCACAGUGGCAGCUGCCUCUUCAGCGUCUGUGUCAACAUGGGGGAAGGCACAUGCAGGGACACAGGAGAUCUGUCACAGCCAGGCCAGAGGUGGAGAUUUAGGGCUUGUAGCUUUGUAGCUGUUGAUGUCGGUGAGGUCUGUGGGAGGAGCGAAACUUUAAGCCAGGAUUAUUAAAGUAGCUGUAGUUGGGUUGGGUACGUCAUGCUUGGGUCUAUGGUAGUGGUUUCUGUUUGGUUUUGUACUUUAUAAAAUAACCCCUCUGAGA